AUGGCCGCCACAGUGGACAAUUCAGCGACGAGUCUCAGUCAACAGUAUGAGACCCCCCUCGGCUUAGCUCACUCGACCAUGCAGGCACUCAAAGACAGGAUCAAGCUACAUUAUGAUCUCGCCAGUGAUUAUUAUCUGAGCCUCUGGGGCGAGCACAUUCACCAUGGCUACUGGGAGAAUGACUCUCAGACGAAGGAGGAGGCACAAGUCAAUCUCAUUCAGUUGCUCCUGAAACUUUCAGGCGUGAGUGAAAACAGCGUGGUGCUAGAUGUUGGGUGUGGCAUCGGCGGCACCUCUCGUUACCUGGCGUCGACGCUCGGCUGUUCGGUUACAGGCAUUACCAUAUCAACGAAGCAAGUAGAGAUUGCCAAUCGGCUCACUAGAGCUGAGGCAGAAAAGGACCAGGAGAAGCCUGACGUUGAUUCAGAUGCCGAUGGGUUUUUCAAACUUGGUCGUGGCAAGGUCCGCUUCAUUGAACUUGACGCAGAGAAGAUGGGCGACUUUUUUGCUGAACAGGGCGGCUCAUUUGAUGCUGUUUGGAUCAGUGAGGCGCUAAGCCACUUUCCCAAUAAAGCACUCUUCUUCGAGAACACAUUCAAAGUCCUCAGACCUGGUGGCAAACUGGCACUGGCAGACUGGUUCAAGGCCGAGGGCCUGAACGAGACAGAUUUCAACAACGACAUCAAGCCAAUCGAAGGUAGCCGCGCCAGUAUCCCUAUGGGACAGCUUUGUUGCCCAUUGUAUUUCCCACCUCAACUAACCCAUUUCAGAUGGCAUGCUUCUCCCUCCUCUCUGCACCCAAACAGGCUACGUGGACCUGGCCAAAAAGAGUGGACUCACACUGCUCGCAGGGCCCAAGGACAUUAG